AUGCCCCCGCCUGCGGACCCUGUGCCCGAGACGUCAGCGGGCCUUCUCGCUCCUAGACCUGCUACACCCGAUAUCGUGGAGAGGGCUGCUCCAACCCAGCCCAACCUCGUCAAGAUUUCCUCCUCAAGUCGCCGGCCCGCCAACAUCCCCCUCCACACGCUUUCGUCGUCACGUUCCUCCACCGACGAAAAGCGUGGCCGCCGCCAUUCCAACAGCGACUCCGACCACUCGGACCUCGACUCUCUGUGGAGCGAUACAGGCGAUCUCGUCGACCAGCUCGGCGGCGAGGAGGAUCCCUUGCAGGCACGGCUUCGCCAAUCGCAGGAAUUUGGACCCUCUUCCGUCCCGCACCGCCGGCACCCUCGCCACGUUCACUACGCCGACGACAGCGAAAAGCCCGCUCGCAUUCGAAAGGAGGACAUAGAGAUCCCCAACAUCCACCGCCCGCUUGCUUCCCGCGGAGAACGGUUGCUCGCUGCCAUCAUGGCCCCUAAUGAUGGGCCGUCCCGUAUGCACGGGUUGCACGGGAAGAAGUUGAUCUACUUCACUAGUGUAUUUGUGUCAUUAGGAGUCUUUCUGUUUGGUUACGACCAAGGCGUUAUGUCGGGCAUCAUCACGGGUUCGUAUUUCAAAGACCAGUUCAACCAGCCUACGCGUGCCCAGAUCGGCACGAUGGUGGCCAUUCUCGAGGUCGGCGCUUUCAUCUCCUCGAUAGCCGUCGGACGGAUAGGAGACGCGAUCGGGCGUCGGCGUACAAUCCUAUACGGAUCUCUGAUAUUCGUGGUGGGAGGUGCUUUCCAGACGUGCGCCAAUGACUUGACCAUGAUGAUGGUUGGUAGGAUCAUUGCUGGUCUGGGUGUUGGUGCUCUGUCCACCAUCGUGCCCGUCUAUCAGUCUGAGAUCUCCCCGCCCCACAACCGCGGCAAGCUGGCUUGCGUCGAGUUCACCGGAAACAUUUGCGGUUACGCCGCGAGUGUCUGGGUCGACUACUUCUGCAGCUACAUCACGAACAACUGGGCUUGGCGUAUUCCCUUGCUCAUGCAGUGCGUCAUGGGCAGCUUGCUUGCGUUGGGUAGCUUGGUGAUCUGCGAAUCUCCCAGAUGGCUUCUCGACCAUGACCACGACGAGGAGGGUAUCGUGGUUAUCGCCAACCUCUAUGGCAAGGGCGAUAUCCACAACCCCAAGGCCCGCGACGAGUACCGCGAGAUCAAGAUGAACGUCCUGCUUCAGCGUCAGGAAGGCGAGCGCUCCUACACCGACAUGUUCAAGAGAUACAACAAGCGUGUCUUCAUCGCCAUGUCCGCGCAGGCUCUCGCGCAGCUCAACGGCAUCAACGUCAUUUCCUACUACGCACCGCUGGUGUUCGAGCAAGCCGGCUGGGUUGGCCGCUCAGCCAUUCUCAUGACUGGUAUCAACGGUCUGAGCUAUCUUGCCUGCACGAUCCCCCCAUGGUACCUGGUCGACAGCUGGGGUCGCCGUCCCAUCCUGCUCGGUGGCGCUUUCCUCAUGAUUAUUUCUCUAUCGGCCAUUUCGUAUUUUAUCUACCUCGAUAUCCCGGAUUGGACGCCACGCCUGGUCGUCAUCUUCGUCAUGAUUUACAACGGCGCCUUCGGAGCGUCCUGGGGCCCUAUCCCCUGGCUCUACCCGCCCGAGAUCCUGCCGCUCAGCAUCCGUGCCAAGGGUGCGUCUCUCAGCACUGCUACCAACUGGGCUUUCAACUGGCUGGUUGGCGAGAUGACGCCGAUCCUCCAGGAGGCGAUUCAAUGGCGUUUGUACCUUCUGCAUGCCUUUUUCUGCGCUGUCAGUUUCGUUGUUGUUUGGUUCAUCUACCCCGAGACGGCCAAUGUCCGUCUGGAGGAUAUGAACAGUAUUUUCGGCGAUGCCACGUCGCAGAUGCCCACGCCCGCUACGCUCGCAGAGGCGGAAUCGCUUUUCAGCGGCCACGGCUCGCCAGUGCCAUCGCUGGACAUCCGCCGCGGCGUUGGCGCGGACAAUGCCAUUCCUGGCCUCGAUAUCAACCCGCCGUCGGUACCGGUCGAGGGCGGCAAGCCCAAAUACUCGAAGCCCGAAUCGGACGAGCGGUCCGAAGGCGUUGGAGGCUGGAUCUCUAACUUGGUCAAGCGUUCCAAGGGUAACGGCGAGGGCGACAGCCAGAGCGGCAGUUACAGACGUGUUAACCAGGAUGACGAUUAG